AUGUCGAUUUAAAUUUACUUUAAAGUGAGAUGUCAAACGCAAUUUAAACAAUAAGUAUAUAUUGUUGGUGAUUAAUAAUCUAUGGGAAAAUGGAAUCCAAAAUAAGGGAUUAAACUUGAUACUAAUGGUGAUAUUUAUCCACUGUGGAUAGGGACUUUAAUAGCGGAUUUCGAAUUAAACUAACUGAUUAAAUUUAAAGCAGCUAUUGUAGAAGCUGACAAUAUAAUUUGGGAAUCAACUGAAAAUAGAGUAGUUUAAGUGUGGUAUUAAUCCUAGACUGUGCUAUUUACAUUUGACUCAAGUCCUUUAAAAAUGAUAAAGAUUAAAUCCUUUUUUGACUAUGAUUAAGAUUCUGAAGUAGAAACUGCCUAUUUUAGUGGGGCAAGAAGAAGAUAAUUAAAGACUGUUGUAAGUCCUUUAGAAUUUGACUAUAUGAGCUCAGAUUCAGAAUCUGAUAACAGCAAUAUUUCAUCCAUAUUUAUUGAGAAUAUCGAAGCAUAGAAUAAUCUCGACAAUUCUGAAUGUCUUACUUGUUCAAACUUUGAAAGUCUUUUAAGCAAUUUAAACGAAUGA